AUGGUAUUCGAAUCAGUUGCAUCAGCCACUGCAGAAACUUCAAUAACAGAAACUACCGAGCCUGCCACAACCACAGGAGCAGCGAUAAAAAGAAAACCACUUUCCGCUUCCGGCACAAAAGAGACAAAAAAGCAAAAAAGAAGCGAAGUAUAUGAAUGUCCCAUUUGUAAAUGGGUAUUCAAAAAAAAAUUCAACUUGGAUACGCAUGUAAAAACACAUGAUAGAAUCCGUAUGGGAAACUUUAGUUGUCCAGAUUGCACAAAGUCUUUUGCUCGAAAGCUACAUCUAACCAGACACAUCAAAACAGUGCACCAGAAAAUAAAAGAACAUGUCUGCGGUUUUUGCGGCACUCAAUAUACCCGAGCAGACAAUCUCAAAAAGCAUGUCGAAAAAAAGCAUCCGAACAAUUAG